ACGGGGUUGUAGAGCUCAGCCCAAGCAGUUUGUAGCCCGGAGGAAGCACAAUCACUGCUGCUGACUCCACAGCAGUUUCCUGCCCCCAAAAGCUGCGCGGCACACUGGGACGCUGAAAGGAGCGCACGGGACAGACACGAAUAGUCCGACUUUCACUCGCGUGAGAGCGAGAAAAACUGCACUCACAACUUUUUUUUUCUCUCUCUCUCCACUUCUUUUUUUUUUUCUCCCAGCAAGCUGCCAAAAGCGUCGCAACAUCUGGAGGACGAGGAGCGAGAAGGAGAAAGUUUUCAGGGAGGCGGAGAGCAAGAGGGGAAUCUCGAGCGGAGAAAAAUGCACUGAAAAGUUUUUUUGGGGGGGAAGGGGGGUGUGCACGUACCCGGCGUGCAGUGGAUAAGAUCCGUGGAAGUGUAUAGAUAAGAGUGGAGGGGGAGGCGAGGAGGGGGGGGAAGGAGGUCUCGGAGGGUGAGAGAAGUCCACCUGGAGAGGACAGAGAAUGAAUUAGCCGAAAGCUCGGAUAUUCCGCAAGCCAUCCGCACACAAGGCGAGCUCCUGGGCCCCUCCACCUCCUCAGAAAAGAGCCAGGCCUACGCCCAUGGAUGAGGAGAGGAGCGCUCCUGCCAUCUCCCCAGAGCCACCCGAUGAUGGGGACCCCUGUCCCGCAGCCUACCUGCCCAGUUUACAUGUAAAUGCUAACGUAGAGAUUGAAAAUAGAACCUUCAUCCCAGCAACAAGUCGAGAUGUGGCCAACACCUACACUGAGCCCCUCAUAUUGAGGUCAGAUGUCAUCCCUGAGAGGACGCGAGAUGACGACGCAGGCCAAAGCCAAAGCAGCCUCUCGCACGCCGAGCUCACAACACUCAGCAGGAAUAUCACAUGUCAACCAGCAGCCAGAUCCACACCCAUCCACCCCACCCAGCCAUGUCGGACGCAACCCGGCAGCCAACUACGCAACGGAACCAAACCCAACGUUCACACACACUCCCCUCAGUGUGCGCAUCCCACGCCUCACACACACUCACUCCAGUCUGGCGGGGACAGGAACGGGUGCCCUCAUCCAAAACUGGGCUCCCUCCCAAGAGGAGGCUCAUCCACCUCCUCCUCCUCUUCGGCAGGGCCCAGGAACAGCAAGAAGUUGCAGUCUAACCCUUCCAUCACCUCCCAGAGCAGCAAGAGGAGCAAAGGCAGCUCCAAAAGUAGCUCAAAGAGCAACAGCUCCCAGAUUCCCACAGAAGCACAGGAUGACUGCUGCGUUCACUGCAUCCUGGCCUGCCUCUUUUGUGAAUUCCUGACGCUGUGUAACAUCGUGCUGGACUGCGCCACCUGCGGCUCGUGCGCCGGCGACGAUUCAUGUUUCUGCUGCUGCUGCGCGUCCGAGGAGUGUGGCGAUUGUGAACUGCCGUGCGACAUGGACUGCGGCAUCAUCGACGCCUGCUGUGAGUCCGCAGACUGUUUGGAGAUCUGCAUGGAGUGCUGCAGCCUUUGCUUCUCCUCCUGAGGUCACGAUGCCAAUACUCGUCUCCAUCUUAUCGCCGCAGGAGCGACUUCAAUCAGCGUCUUGUCAAAGCUGCAAAGUGCUGCAUUCAGUCUUUGUUGUCAAAGCUUGGCCAGGACUCUGCGGCUCUCACUAUAUUGGCUCCAUCAUACAAUAAGUCUCUAACAAAAGACUCUGAGAGCAGUCAGUGGUGAAUUCCUCCCUCUUUUAUGGAUCAAACCAGACAACAGCAGCCCCUCCUGCUUUGUGCUGGCCGUUGGGCCGGAGUUCCAGCCGUCGUCCACUAGCGUGCGCAAGACUGGAUUGUUCCGACGGAGCCCCUCUUGUGGUCUAAGCGACCGGAGUUCUCCGAGCAUGAAAAAUGACCUCCAAAGGCAAAUGAGAAAAUGGAUCCAUUUAACCGGAUUUUAGUGUUUCUGUUGAUAAGAGCAGCGGCGUAAUGGAAAAAUUGAAGCUCAGCUCUCUGUAGAACCGUCUGAGUCUGUCCUUGGCAAGGUUAACGUCUUCCAGUUUGAUUGCCUGCCGUGGCCUUUGCGACACGCGCGGCCCGAGAGGCUGAUGUUGGAUCCAUUGAUGUCUUUGUCCACGGAGAAAAGUAGAAAACAGAGAAUAAUGGUGGCUUGUGGCAAUAUUACAGACGCCUUUCCUUUGUUCGUAAAGUGUCUCAUUUAACGGAAUCAUGAGAGAGUCAUUCAUCAGCUUGCAGAUGGAGCGAAUCAAAUCAGGAGCAUUAGCGAUGGACAUCAGCGGGCAACGCUUGAUGGCAUUUCGAAUGGUCACAUUCUCCGCUUAACAUGUGAAGGGAGAGUUGGCAAUCAAACAUCUCUCUUCAUUUCAGAGUUCACAUCGUGUUUACUUUUACAUUGAUUUGAGGAGCUUCGGCUUUGUCCACUGAAGUCUUCCUCGUCCAAAAAUCGAGUCAAUGAAAUAAUAGGCAGAAUCUUUCUUGAAUACAUUUCACGUGAACAAAUGGCCUUCUCGGCUUAGCUCACCGCCUGCGUUUCCGAGUAGAUUCCAAAUCUCUAUUAAUCCUUUAAAAAUAAAUUUAGAGGUGAGGAGUGGGUAGAUUUUAGUUAAGAUAUUUGCAUUUCUCCUCCAAUGUGAAAAUCACAUUUCUGUGUUAUCAGGUUUGGCCAAGCUAGCUGUAGAGCUGGAACUGCCGAACAUCUAAUUGAAUUCCGCCAGUGACAAUCUCAUACGGCAUUAUGCUAAGUUGGAUCCACCCGUCUGUAGUAUGAAUGGUACGCUUUUGAUAACAGGCCCCAACUCUCAGACCAUCACACAUACACACUUUUGUCCGAGCCAAUAUUUUGUGCUUUAUAAAUGACGUGAUCCAUAUCUCUCUCUCUCUCUGUCAUGCAGCCUCAUAUUUUGUGCAAUUUUGUUUCAUAAAAAUAUCAAAGUUUAUUUUGACUGGAACGUAGUUUCUUGAUUCCUAAACGUGUAUGUAUGUAAAUAGAAGGGUUGGUUUUAUGUUUCAUUAUGUUGGAUUCAAACCCUAUUUUAGGGGCUGAGAUUGUUACGACUAAACAAAAGUGAGGAAAAUCAAGUUAAUAGCAGCAACGCAUGAAUGCAAGUUACUGGAAAUGAACAAGUGGAACUGGGGAAGAUUUUAUCACUAAGAGUGUCUCAAAUUUUCCAACAUGUUGAAAAUGAUAAUCCUGGAAAGAGAUUUAUGAAGGGACAACUGGAUCGUAGAAUGCUACAGACAAAUGGAUUACAAUCUCAUUUUUGGGGUAAAAUAAAAAUAUUAAAGCACUUUAAUUGGGAACGGUUGCUCUGUCGCCAGACCAACCAUAUCACAAGAACCGUUUACGGACAACGCUAAAACCAAAGGAAAAUAAAUAUCAGUCUUUUUUUAUGAAUUCUGUUAGGACUGGUUGGUUGGUCUGGAAAUAGAGAAGUCAAUCUGGAAGUGGAUAACAACUUAAAAAAUGUCAUAUGGAUAAACAUAUAUUCUGGCUAUUAUUACUGGAAAGAGAUUUUACGUACCAUAUCAUUUAUUCUCUGGUAUUCGGACCAUGUUCCAUUAUUCCCAUUUUUUUUUGCCAAACAUCGUGUAAUUUUGUGGAUUUAUAAUUAUGAGAUACAUUUUUUUUUUCUAAAGUGAUUUAUAUAGUAUGAGCUUCCCUUCUCUGCUAAGUAGUUUUAAGCCUAUCAGAGUUCAGAUGAAAUGUUACUUGACUGUUGUCCACAAUAAUGUCAAUUUGUUUACAACAAAGCAACUUUAUGUUCAUUUCAAUUGCUGUCUUGGAAGUCGCAUUCAACUUUUUGUUAUUACUGAAUAAACAAUGUGAACUCCA